UCGCACGGCUCAGUUGUCAAAGUUUUUCGAGCGAACGUCGAAUCUGAAAUAUAUUUUUUUGGCAAGAAAAAAUAUAAAUAAGUUGUUAGGUAUUUUCGACAAGUAUUUCAUGACUUUUUAGUUUACGAAUUAUAUUUUGAAAGUUUUUUAAAAGUGAGUUUCGUUGAUAAAGUUGAGAGUUUUCAAAAGUUUUGUAGCGGAAAGGAUAUUUAGUGUGUAUUUUUUUUGUUUAUAAACUGAAAGUUUUUUUUUUGUUGCUGUAAUUAUCAUCAAUCAAUUAAAAAGGCAAAUAGAGCAGUUUCAAGACGACUGAAAUAAUAACGAUGGAUUGGCAGCUUCCCCGGUCUACCGCCAUGACGUAAUAUGGCUCUCUUCAACUCCACUUACCAAGAUGACAUCAUCACCACAAUAUUCCCAAAAAAUGCCACCAAUAUGAAUAUGAAUGCCUCCCACGUCCCAGGAGUCAGCCUAAUCUACACAAAAACUAUCAUCGGCGACGAAUACAACGUCAUAGAAGACCCAAAAGUCAACAAAACAACAGAUCUCAUAGACUUCAUAGCUGUCCAAGUUGCUUUCUGCAUUCUCUACAGCAUCAUCUUCAUCUUAGGCGUGUUCGGAAAUGUUUUGGUAUGCUUCGUCGUGUUUAGAAACCGGGCUAUGCAGACGGUCACCAAUCUCUUCAUAACCAAUCUGGCACUAUCCGAUAUACUGCUAUGCGUUUUUGCCGUGCCUUUGACUCCUAUGUACACAUUCCUCGGACGAUGGGUUUUUGGAAGAUUACUAUGCCAUCUUAUGCCGUACGCUCAAGGGACUAGCGUUUAUAUAUCCACGCUCACACUCACCUCAAUAGCCAUCGACAGAUUUUUCGUCAUCAUAUACCCUUUCCAUCCACGGAUGAAGCUAAAUACUUGUAUCUUCAUCAUAGUUUUCAUAUGGAUAUUCUCCUUAGUAGUCACAUGUCCAUAUGGCCUUUUCAUGGGAAUACAGAUAACGAAUAACAAGACUUACUGUGAAGAAAGCUGGCCCGCAGACCGAUCGAGAAGAAUCUUCGGAGUUUUCACAAGCGUGCUGCAAUUUGUCAUACCAUUUUUAGUUAUAGCCAUAUGUUACACAUGUGUUAGUAUAAGAUUGAACGACCGAGCCAGGUCUAAGCCGGGUGCUAAGAAUACCAGGAGAGAAGAAGCUGAUAGAGAUAGAAAGAAAAGAACUAACAGAAUGCUCAUUUCCAUGGUGGCCAUCUUUGGUAUUUCCUGGCUUCCUAUCAACGUAAUCAAUAUAUUCAAUGACUUCUACGCGGCGAUGACGGAAUGGAACUAUUACUAUAUGUCGUUCUUCCUCGCUCACUCAAUGGCGAUGGCUUCGACGUGCUACAACCCAUUUCUGUACGCUUGGUUGAAUGAAAACUUUAGGAAAGAAUUCAAACAAGUGUUGCCUUUCUUUGAGUCAACUGGAGGAGUCAGAACCAGCUACCAUUCCGGUCGUAUGCCGACACAUAAAUCGGAUAAAAUCUGCAAUGGUAACGAUACUAUACAAGAAACCUUACUAGCAUCUUCUUUCAAUAGAGGACCAUCGUUAAAACAUCGCAUGUUGGAGGGCAAUGGUAGAAAAGAUGGAGUUGAGAUAGAAAAUAUUAUAUUAGAGGAUAAACCAAUCUCCGCUUCGUACAACACGAAGAACGAAAACGUAAAUUUACAAUUAAUAGAUGAGGAAUCCCAGCUCAGUGAGUCGAAGGAUGGCAAAUCUAUUGUUAUUUAAAUGAACUGAUUACAACGAGCAUUUACUUUCUCUUAAAUCACAUCGACAUGUUGUUAAUAUGUAUGUAUGUACGUAAUUUGUAAAAUUAUGUUAGCCUGACCAGGAAUAUAUGACUAUUGUCAGGCGCUGUUAUUCUGAUGUAUGGGGUGACAGUUCAGUUUAGUAUGAAGAAAAUAGUUCCAAUGAAAUUCCGCAAGAUGGCGCUUAGUCAUAUCGUCACUACU